UGCCAGGUCUGCGGAAAAGAGAAUCCUGUGUUCUCAGGCUCGGCUUGCGUCUCGUUCUGCCUGGGCCGAGCUACAGAGGGAUUGGGCCGCCGGGACGUCACGUGGACUGGGGCCGGAUAAUGGCGGGCGCUGCAGAAGAUGCGCGAGCUCUUUUCCGGGCUGGGGUCUGCGCGGCCCUGGAGGCCUGGCCGGCCUUGCAGAUCGCUGUGGAGAAUGGCUUCGGGGGUGUGCACAGCCAGGAGAAGGCCAAGUGGCUGGGGGGUGCAGUGGAGGAUUACUUCAUGCGCAAUGCUGACUUGGAGCUAGAUGAGGUGGAAGACUUCCUUGGAGAGCUGUUGACCAACGAGUUUGAUACAGUUGUGGAAGACGGGAGUCUGCCCCAGGUGAGCCAGCAACUACAGACCAUGUUCCACCACUUCCAGAGGGGUGAUGGGGCUGCUCUGAGGGAGAUGGCCUCCUGCAUCACUCAAAGAAAAUGCAAGGUCACAGCCACUGCACUUAAGACAGCUAGAGAGACUGAUGAGGAUGAAGAUGAUGUGGACAGUGUGGAAGAGAUGGAGGUCACAGCUACGAAUGAUGGGGCUGCUACAGAUGGGGUCUGCCCCCAGCCUGAACCCUCUGAUCCAGAUGCUCAGACUAUUAAGGAAGAGGAUAUAGUGGAAGAUGGCUGGACCAUUGUCCGGAGAAAAAAAUGAGUGGGGAUGAUUGGAAAUGGCUUUGGGCCCUUAUUUGCUGUUCUGAGAGUUGUCUGUAGGGGGUUUUUUUUUUUGAGGAUUGCAGACCUGUGCACUGGUUACCCCAUCUCCACCCUCUCCCCUGUUCCUGUCUGGCUCCCUCCAGGGCAAGGAAAACCUAGGGUCCUUGGUCUUGGGGGUGGGGGGACCUUGUCCAGCAUAUUCCCCUGGGCCUUUAGUUAACAUCCAAGUGACGAAGCCGGGUUCCCCAGUACAGUGUCUUUUGGGUGCGGUCAUUGUGAGGAAGGGGAUGAGUGAGUGUGGGUUUGGCUGGAGGAGGAGCUAGAUGCCGGUGGACAGUGGGCAGGUGGAUUUGGGGAGGAGAGGAUCAGCAGCAGCAGCAGUACUCAGUGAUAGGGGGCUGGCUGGGUCAGGAAUGGUGAGAUGAACAUGCAAGUGGAAGAGAGAAUAGUUGAAAAUGUGAACGAAAGUAGCUCUGGAGCCUCUCCCUUACCCCACCCCCCACACACGCAACAGCUCUGUACCCCUGCCCAGAACUUGGAACCUCCCAGGAAUGCUGCCUUCCUUCAGCCCAGCCUCCAGUCCUGGGUUCCCUCAGGAAUUCGAAGACCUUGGCUAGGUGGUGAGCUUGGAAGAGCUGGGCUUUGUUUUCUGUCUCCUCUAACCUCUUUCCUUGCUCCUUAUCCCAUCCCAUUUGAGUUCAGGGGUGAGGCUUAAGAUCUUAAUAAAUAAUACCUUACUGCUUAA